AGCAUGUCGGCUCCAGUGCCGAGGUCAGCGGACGCGGCUGGCCAGGCAAGGAGGCACGUCUGUUGCGUGUUCGCGAGCGGCCACCGGCGGCCGCGCGGCGCCGACCGCGCGCUCCGGAGGGGGCGCCCAUGGACGCCCAGAGGGAGGCCUUGAAGCAGCAGCUCUUCCGGAAGUGCGACAAGGACGGGGACGGCUUCCUCAACAAGGCCGAGAUGAGAGUGCUGGCCGAGCACGUCGGCUUCGAGGGCUCCGCGGACGAGUGGUCCGAGGACCGUACGAGCUGCUGUGCUCCGAGCACUACCUUGAGCCGAAGACUGGGAUAACCAUGGCGGUCAUCAUGAACGUCUUAGACGACAAGUCCGAGCUAGGGCUGUACUGCUCCGACUCGGAGAUCUGCCAGCUGCUCGGGAUAGAGCACGUGCCGACCAAGACGAAGACCAAUAAUGGCGACGGCGAAGGCAAGGACGAGUUCGUUCGUGUCUUCUUCGCUGGGGCCAACUUUAAUACCGCGGAGGCCGUGUUGAAGUCGACGUUUGAGGAAAUCGGCACGGUCGAGGAGUUCACGCUUUUCCGUCUCCAAGACGGAAGAUCCAUGGGUAUGGGUCGAGUCAAGUAUGCUUCACACGAGACGGCACAGAAGGCUUUGAGUACCCUUCACAAUCGCGAAAUUGAUGGACGAGCGGUGAUGCUGCAGGUGGACCAACGCGGAGAGGACAACGAGGAGGGUUCCGCAAAGCGGAAAGGUAGGGACAGAGAUUCGGGCGGCAAAGACGCAGGAAAGGGGAAAAAUGAUGACAAGGGCCACAGCAAAGGUGGCAAGGGCGGUAAGAAUGACAAAGGUUCCUCAAGCAAGGGAUGGCAAGAGUGGGGAAGCGGAAGAUCUAGAGCGGACGAGAAUUGUGACGAAAGGACUAUAUUCAAAAGCGGGGGUCUGCGGAUUUUUUGCUGGUGCGUCUUUCGAUUCUACCGCCGACGAGCUGCGGAGUAAGUUUCAGGAGCUUGGCCCAGUCGUGCAGUUCUGGCUUUUUUCUGAUUGGAAUGGCAAUUCGCGGGGGAUGGGCGUGGCUCAGUACCGGACGGCGAGGCAAGCUAACAAGGCAGUCGAGCAUUUCUCGGGCAUGGAGGUCGGCGGCAGGAAGCUCUACGUCAAGAUAGACGACCAGGGACACCUGCAGCAGGCCGGCGAGAAGGGCAAGGGCGGGAAGGGCGAGUGGAGCGGCGGAUGGGAGGCCGGCAAGGGCGGUGAUAGCUACAGCGGCUGGAAGGGCGGGAAGAACGGCGGCUGGAAGGGCGGAUGGGAGGGCGAGCAUGGCGGUGGCAAGGGCGCAAAGGGCCCCAUUGGCGGCGCGAAGGGGUUCGAGUAUUCAGCGAAAGGGGGCGAUUGGAACAAUCAGCAGUCUGCCCGCGUCUUCUUCUCCGGCGCGCCCUUCAAGGUGCCACCGGCUGCCGUGCAGGAGCACUUCGCGGUUUUCGGGGAGGUCCGGUCGCUUAGGAUGUUCAAGCGCAGCGAUGGGGCCUCUCGGGGCAUGGGCGUGUGCAUCUACCAGUCGGCCAGCGCCGCCGAGGAGGCCAUCAACUACGGCAUCACCAUCGAGGGCCGGAGCCUCUUCUUGGGGUGGGACACUUCCAGCGGCCCGGAGGGCAAGGGCGAUUGGUCCAGUGGCCCGAUCGGCGGGGGGAAAGGCGGCAAGGGUUGGGAUGAGGACACGGACCAUCCGGACGUGGAUCCCAAUAAGUCGGUCUUGUUCAAGAAUGUUCCUUUCGAGACUGCCGAGAAGUUCCUCCGAGAGAAGUUCGGGAACGUCGGCUCGAUUAAAAGUUUCACGCUCUUUACAACACCUGAUGGGAGGUCUCGAGGGAUGGGCGUCGUCGAGUAUUUCACCGCAACUGCCGCAGAGCGCGCAUACAAUGAGAUCCACGACAUGAACGUGAGCGGGAGGCAAAUGCAUGUGGAUUAUUAUUCUUUUUAGAGAUAGACACAACUUUUCCCCAAUCAUCGCACGUCGCAUUCUUUGCCUAGUUCAAGUUUCUGAGGCCAGGUGAGUUCAUACACAUUAUGCUUGUUAAGCGGUCGCGAUGCCUACAGGACUAUGGGUUCUUCUUGACAUGGCUGGCGCGCAUGACUUCGGGCUCGCAGAAUUGAGAAAGAUUGGCGGGUGGCACAGCUUGGGACGUCAAAGCAGUGGAAAAGACGGGGCCAGCGACGGUUGCAGAGCUAAUGUUGUGUCGUUGGCCGUGUUGG